AUGCAGUCCAUGCCAUUGCUGCUCCGGCAGUCUCUCAAGGCCCCGGGACUCUCUACGCUGUCGAGGUCUACUACUACCACCGCUACCGCUACCCGUUCGAUACGCAUUCCGCCCGCUGCUCCGAGCGCCCUGCUCAAGGGGAGUAAUGAGCCGAUACUGAGGUUCUCGGUUGCUCGACGGCGUCAGUUUCAUUCGCAUGUUCGAUUCUACUCUCAGGAAUCAGAAGGAAAUAAUCAUAAUGUGAAGGAGGGUGGAAAGGCGGAGGCUGGGGAAGCUAAAGCUUCAGCUCCGGCUUCAGCCCCAAGAGAAAGCUCGGAACAGAACUUGGCGUUCACGCUGCCGCAGGAAGCAGACGUGCCCAAGUCGAGUGAUGUGAAUACGAACACGGAGACUCAGCGGGAUUUAUUCACGAGCAGGGCGAGUGCUGAGAAUGCACAAUAUGCAGAGAAGCAGGGUUCGGAUGGGAAGAAGGAUACCGGCAAUGGCAAUGGCAAGGGAAGAGGGCUCCCGUCGUAUUUGGAGAAUCGCAGGUCACGGUAUUCCAAGCAAUUUACCGAGAUGAUGGAUAAUCUGCAAUCGAAUGUUUUCGUGGCAGGGCAGCGGUUGAACGAUCUGACUGGGUAUUCGUCUAUUGAGGCAUUGAAGAAGGAAAUUGAGUCCCAGGAGGAACGCCUCCGAGCUGCUCGUCGCCAUGUCCGCGAAGCAAAAGACGACUACGCAUCCGCCAUCAACCGCCGCUCCACCUCCCAACGCGAAGUCAACGAACUCCUCCAACGCAAACAUGCCUGGUCCGCCUCCGACCUCGAACGCUUCACCCACCUCUACCGCAACGACCACACCAACGAGGUUGCCGAGGUAGAGGCCCAAGAAGCCCUCUCCAAAGCCGAGCGCGAGGCCGAAGAAGCAGCCACAAAACUAAGCAGAAGCAUCCUCUCCCGGUACCACGAAGAACAGGUCUGGUCGGAUAAAAUCCGUCGCAUGAGUACCUGGGGUACUUGGGGAUUAAUGGGUGUCAACGUCCUCCUCUUCCUCAUUUUCCAGAUCGGCGUCGAACCCUGGCGUCGCAGGCGACUCGUCAAGGGCUUCGAAGAAAAAGUCAUCGAAGCCCUGGAGAAGGAAAAAGCCCUCACCUACGAAGAGCACCAACAACAACUCGCCGCUGCUACAGCCGCCGCCACGGCCGCCGCCACGCAAACCCAGGACUCCGUCCAGGAAAUCCAGGAACGAACGUCCGAAACCCCUGUCUCCACAGCAACACAAACAGACCAGAACUACCUCGAUUUCAGCAAGUCCCAACUCUCGCACAUCUCCCCUCCUUCUACAACCGUCGACUCGUGGCGUCGGACCCUUGAUGACCUUCUCAGCUCUCGUACCCUCAUCCUCAUCACACAACAUGAUCUUACUACCGUUGCCGUGCAGAGUGCUGCGGCUGGAGCGGCGGUUAUGGGCCUGGUGAUUGCGCUUAUUCGACCGCGGACAGAGUAG